UUUCUUGGCCCGUAAAUACGUUUGUCAAAUAGUUUCCGUUCAAUAACAAACAUAUUUACAAUGGAAAGAGCAAGUUCAUCAUCAAGAGAUUCAGAAAAUUCAUCAUCAAGUGAUUUAGAAAGUUCAUCAUCAAAUGAUGCAGAAAACUCAUCAGACAGUGAUUCGGAAACUUCGUCAACAGAACAGAAAGGCAAGUGCAUUGAUUCCAAGAGAAAGAGGGGUUUUUCUUCUUUUUCUAAGUCUAAGGCAAAUAAAAAGAAACCGAAAACCGUACAAAAACCUACUGCCGGAAAGUGCUUUACUUAUGUGGGAAAAACUCGACAAAAAAAAAAAGACCCUAGUUUUGGUGAUGCCCUUCCACAUUGUUCAUCAUCCCUCAAACAGCCACCAUUUGUUUCACCGUCUAACAGUGCAGCACAUGAUUCACUGUUUGAUGAUGUGGCAUCAGUCAUCAGCCCAGAAGCUCUUGACGACCUUAGGAGACAGGUUCAAAAUGACUUAGAUAGCAUGCAGAUUAGACGACAUCAAACAUGGCAAGAACGGCAAGCAAUAGCUGCAUGGGGACGGAAUGAUAGAAGAAGAAUUUUCACAGAAUAUGUUUCAAGACAGCCACUGUAUCAUUCAAAAUGUGACCAGUGUCACGAGGACCUCGAUCAUUGCUCUGUAAGAUGUAUGACCUGCAAGAAACAUCUUUGUUAUCAAUGUGAUACAAACACUCACUCUGGUAUGCCAUUUCAUCGACGGCUAUUCUGUUCUUGCGACCGCUUGGAAAUAUUACAACCAGAUCAUUUUAUCGAUGCAGAGGGAAACAUUAUAACAAAAGAGGUCUGCGUCCCAUGCUUCGUACCUCAUAAAUGCUGCGAUAUAAGCUGCCAUGGAUCAAUGUCACUUAUUCCCAAUAUUACAGAAUCAAUCGUGGUUGUCACUGAGCAAGGUCGAUUUGUUUUAAAGGGGGCAACUUUCGUUUGCGAUACUUGUAAUUCUCUAACGAAAGCAACAAUCGAUGAUUAUGUAUUUUCUGGGUUUUUCCCGGCAAGUUUAUCGGAAACGGUCACAUACCUGUUUUCAGAAGAGGCACUUCUUCUAUGCCACCACAUUUCCCACAAAUGUCCAGGUUCUUCGAAGAACAUGUACGCUCACACUCUUGAAGAAGUAUCUAAGGAAUAUGGACGGACUGGACCAAUCAAUAUACCAUUGUUCACUACUGCGGAAAGAGAGUGGGAAACAUGUCGCCACUACAUUGACCAGGAAGUAUUUAAAAGGAACAAAAUUGAUUGCCCCAGUUGCGGAACAAAACCUUUAGUGAGAUCAUCUGAUGCUAUCAUUAAGCUAAGGCGUUUGGCCUCUGCCGGAAAAGCGAGGAGACCAGAAAAUGAAAGAGUAAUGGACGAUGUAGAAUCCAGGUUCGAGAAUUUAGUAAUCAAGUCGGAUGUUGAAGUUGAAAGUUUUCGUCAAAGGAUUUACAACAAAAUUCAAACAUCGAAAAAGAAAAACAUGUGUGGGGGAUCGGCUUUUAAAGCUGCAAGAGAAGAUUCCAAUAAUAAAAAAUAUGACGAGACUGGGCUCGUCGUUAGCUCUUGCAAGCACUGUAUAGUGCCGUAUGCCAUCAAUAUGUUUAAAGGUGAAUCGUGGACACAUACGGCAUUUAUGCAUUACGAAGCUUGGAAGAGUCAGGCUACAUUCUUUUGCUACGAUGUUGUGUGUCAAUAUUGGAAAUGGAUGCAUCAAAAGUUGGUCCGGAAUUUCCAGAAUAUAUGAUGCUAACAAAAGAAAUGACAGGAAUUUUGCCGAUAAUGCAUCAAAUGGCACAUCAAUUACCUUGCCAGGUGCUUUGGAAUCCCCGAUGGACAAAAGGACUUGGAUUAACCGGAGGAGAGGAGCACGAGCAAGUAUUCUCAAAACUGUAUCUUUAUGCUUAUGUUCUCAAGCAUAUGUCAAAAAUUAACAGAGCGGAUUUUCUACAUUAGCCAUCCUCUAUUGGAACUGGAAUAAAAUUCAGAACAUGCCAUUCCUCUUACGCAACAAAUUACAGAGAGUGAGUAACUUUUACAAUGCAAGCAAGUAUUUACAGCACCACCUUGAUUUGUAGGCUAGGAAGGAAAUCAGAAAAGGCGUAACAAAAG